CUGAAGAGCGCUUGGAAAUGGAUCGCUCGUCUUUAGAAUGGAAACGCACCCUUGAGGGUUAGCUCAGAGCCGGCAGCGGCCCGGGGCCUCCCGAAGCCUGAUGUUCCAGAGCCCCAGGGCCUGUCGGCGCGGACAGAGGGCACGGGCCCCAGGCCAUGGUCACCCUCCUCACUGAGAAGCUGCGGAACCAGAGCCUGGAGGACCUUGGCCGCAAGAGCUACGAUGCCGGCCCGUGUUCUGCCCAGAAACUGAACACAAGUGGCCACUUGUUCCCUUCUGAGACCAACGAAGGCAAGCACCCCUGGAAGGUCGUCGGUGGAGGACAGCCCGUCGGAAGCCAGGGGGCCACGGGCCCUGCCAUCCCCUUCCCUCCUGGCCCCUGCGGCCCGAGCGCCAGCCCGGGUGCGGUCAGUGCCAGGGACCUCAGGGACGGCGCAGGGCCGCCCUCCGCACCGCCCACCAAGCGACACUGCCGUUCCCUGUCGGAGCCCAACGGGCUGGCGCGCUGCCGGUCCCCGUGGCGCCCCGGCGGCUCCAGAGUCUGGGCUCCUGUCUCCAAGAGGCGGUGCCACAGUGGCGGGAGCGCCACGCUGCAGGCCGGGAGCGCCUGGUCGCCGGGCCGAGCCCUCCCCGCCGCCAGCUCCGCCUCGCCCCCCGCGCCCCGGCCGGCCUCGGCUUUGGCCGGCAGCGGCCUCCCGGCCCCGGGCCCGGCUCGGCGACCCGCUGGACCUCGCUUGCCCUUGCCGUGCCGCCGCCUGUCCCUGUCACAGGAGUGCCUGUUGCCAGUGGACGCGGCCCCCCCCUCAGCAGGCAGCACGCCCGCGUCCACGCCUGCGUCCACACCCGUGUCCACGCCCGAGCUGGGCCGCCGCCGGGGCCUGCUCCGCUGCCGCUCUCAGCCAUGCGUGCGCGCAGGCGGGAAGGGCCAGCGGAAGCGCAGGCGCGAGGAGGAUGCGCGCUGGCCACGCCCGGCCCUGGACUUCCUGAAAAUGACGCGGACGUUAAAAAAUUCAAAAAGCCUUUGCUCGCUCGAUUAUGAAGACGAGGAUGAGGAUGGCGCCCGGGUGAAGACAGCCGUCUCCUCCCCGUGUGACCCGCACGGCCCCGCGGGCAGCGCCGCGCCCGGCCCCGGCCCCGCCAGCCCCAGCCCGGGGGUCUGGCGGGGGUGGGUGGCCGGUGAGGGCGGGAGUGGCGGGGACCCAAGCGACGGGGACAGCGCUGGGGAGGAGGGCGUCUCCCCCCCGGGCCGCGGCGAGCUGGACCUGGAGCAGAUCGAGAACAACUGAGCGGCGGGCGGCGGGCGGCCCCGGCUCCCG